AUGGUAGAAUUAGGGCAGGUAGCAGAGCUCGUAGCUAACUACCCUUGGUCCUCCUUGGCGUGGGUCGUUGUCUUCUACCUGGCCUUCCGCCUGGUUGACACUCUCGUUCUCUUGUUAGAGAGCGAGAUUAAGUGUCGGCCGAGGUAUAGGGGGCUGUAUGGUUGGAGGAGCUCGGCCGCUCCCGCGGUACCGAGUCCGGUCGACGAUGCAGACGGGUCCCAAGAGAUGGACGGCUCCAGCAACUCCAAUCCCGACGGUGCUUCUAACGAACACAGUCGAGGCCGCAUCCAAGAUCUCUCCCGUCCUGCUAUCGGCGAGGCAAACAGGUCCCAAGAGAUGGACGGCUCGAGCAGCAGCUCCAAUCCCGGCGGUGCUUCUAACGAACACAGUCGAGGCCGCAUCCAAGAUCUCUCCUGUUCUGCUAUCGGUGAGACAGACGGGUCCCAGGAGAUGGAAGGCUUAACCUGCCCCGGCAGUUAUUCCGACGGUGCUUCUAACGAACGCGGUCGAAGCCUCUCCCCAGAUCUCCCCCGCCCGUCUCCCGAUACGCAACGAUCCCGCAAGAAGUCCAAGGGUAGGAGGCGAAGAGCUCGUCAUUAGUUAGUAUAUUUUACGGAAAAAAAAAAAAAGAAC